GUAGUAGCAGGCAUCCCCGUUCCAGCAAAUUUGUUAGGUCUAUCGUUGGAAUUGAGUGUCGCAAAUGACUUUGUUGGUGACAAGAUCGGUGAACCUGCAUAUCAAUUACUCAACUACCUCAACAGUAUUCGACUGCGUGCCGGACGUGGAGCUCUAUUGCGAAUCGGUGGAAAUACCCAAGAUACAGCAAUCUUUAAUCAAAGUUUCACAGGCAUCCUACAGAAAUCCGGUGGGGGAUUCUCAAACGGCGUUCCCAUCACACCAUCUUUGGAGUAUGGAAAUUUAAUUUUCGAAUUGAUCGAUCAAGUUGCAACUGCUGUUGACAGUGAAGUGAUUUGGGGUGUAAAUAUGGUGAAUUAUACCGCACCUUUUACAGUUCCAAUGGUCAAAGAGGCACGCGAUGCUUUGGGCGACAGCCUUUCGUUUUACUUGGUAGGAAAUGAACCUGAUCGAUACGAAUAUACCGGCAGACGUCCGGCAAAUUAUACGAUCGCAGACUACCUUAGUGAAUGGGGUGAUUUGACAGAACGUAUCACUGCUGCCGAUUAUGCAGAUAAUCCGAAACAAUUUGCCGCUCCUAGUGUUUGCUGUAAUUGGCAAACCCAAGAAGUUUUGAACGCUGGUAUGUUAUCCAAUUAUUCCGAUAGAUUAGCAGCCAUUACUGCCAUUCAAUAUCCUCAAUCAAGAUGUUCAUCUACUGCGCCUUACACAGCAGAUGGGUACAUGAAUCAAACGAACAUCAACGCAUUUUGCACGUAUGAUGCGGAUGCUGUACAAACAGCAGUGAAUUCGGGCAUUCCUUAUGUCCUGGUGGAAACAAAUACUGCUUCUUGCAUCGGUAUAGUAGACGUCUCCGAUACAUUUACUGCCGCUAUUUGGAGCGUGAAUAUGGCCCUCCAAUUCGGAUAUCGUAAUCAUUCCGGUGUUCUGUUGCAUAGCGGUGGUCAAUCUACCAUUUACAACACAUUCACGCCCCCGGCAUACAAUUCCAGCAAUCGAAUCGUUUCUGCCAAAGCUUGGAAGACAGGACCAAUCUUUUAUUCUACUUUGGUGGUGGCAGAAGCCUUGCAUCCCUCAGACGGUAAAGCGUCAGUUACGAUUUCUGAUCAAUUGAUUCAAUCAGAUGUUUUGGCGGCUUAUAAUGUUUACGAAAACGGACAGAUUGCUAAACAAGUCUUUAUCAAUAUGAUCAACGAUCCAUCUGGAGCGAAUAACUUCAACGUGCAAUUCCCACAACCAUCUAAUCAACCUGCUUCAGUGGCAUACAAACUCUUGGUGGCGCCUACCUUGGCUGAAAAAGAGAAUAUCACUUGGGCAGGACAAAGUUUCGGAUGGUGGUCAGAAGGAAUUCUUGAAGGCACGGAAACAGUACUUCAAGCACCAUGCAAUAACGGACAAUGUACACUUAGCGUACCGGCACCUGGUGUAGCUUUGGCUUUCAUCAAUCAGGCUUCACAACCAGAAGCCACAAUCACUUCAACAGCUUUCCAUCCAGUCGGAACGCAAAAUCCACAGAUCGUAUUAGACAGUAAUGGUGAACGUGGACGC